UGCUUCAGAAGAUGGCGAAUUUAAUCAUUCUUACAUUGCCACUGUUUUGGGCAUUUACGUCUUCGUAUUCUCUUCCUUUCGUCGUUUUCCAUGGAGUUACACAUAAAUGCACAACCAGUGGAGUGGAUAAUUUUACCAAUCUUUUAAGCAAUUGGUCGGGUUCCCAAGGAUAUUGCAUAGAAACUGGAGAUUCCUGGCUCGUGCCAGUCACAAAACAGACUGAAAUUGCUUGUGAGCAGGUGAAAAAUAUUAGUGAGCUCAGCAAAGGCUACAAUAUAGUUGGACUUUCCCAGGGAAGUAUCAUUGGGCGUGCUGUUAUUGAGUUUUGUGAAGGAGCCCCUCAAGUGAAUAAUUUCGUAUCACUGGGUGGUCCACAUGCUGGGAUAGCUUCGUUUCCUUUUUGUAGUUCCCGAAGAAUCCGCAAUCUGGUGAACUAUGUGAUAAAAUUAGGAGUAUAUAGUAAAUAUGUGCAGAAAAACUUUGCACCGGCUGGUUAUAUAAAAAUCCCAACUGCUAUUAAUCGAUACAUGAAAGGAUGCAAGUUUCUUCCUCGACUGAAUAACGAAUACAAGGAUCAGAAGAAUGCUGUUUACAAGAAAAGAUUCGCCAGCUUGCAGAAUCUUGUGCUUAUCAUGUUUGAGGAUGAUGAGGUUUUGAUUCCAAAAGAAACCUCAUGGUUCGGGUAUUUCUCAAAUGGGUCGCGGAAAAAGGUUUUGCCUGCUCAAGAGACAACAUUGUACAAGGAAGAUUGGAUUGGUUUAAGGAGUUUAAAUGAAGACGGUAGAGUUCAAUUCAUAAAUGUAUCGGGACGGCACCUCCAGUUAUCGGAAACGAUUAUGAUGCAAUACAUUGUGCCUUAUUUGGAGAGAAGCGCAUCGAGAUAUCAACUAUCCAUAUGAAGAAAUACAUUGCCUUUCCAAAAUGGUCAUUGGAAUUGGAUUUGAUUAAACAAGCGGUUGAAUUUAAGGAAGAGAUUAUCUAUUUGUAUACAUUAUUUUUAUUUUUGAAUUUA